AUGGUCUAUCCUCAUCGACACCUUCACCUGGCCCGCAUGAAACACGUUCAUUCCCCAGGUCACCAUCCGCGAACAACCCGAGUCCAGCUCGAGCUCGACGACCUUCCCACCUAUCCUCCAAUUAGGUACUCGCUGAGCUUCCACAUGCGCGUAAAUCCCUCUCAAGGAUCCAGCUCCACUGUGCAUGUUGUCCCCGUGAUCGUGACUGAGUUUAGUGCGCCCGACACUGCGAGCAAGACGCCCGCUCGUAUCGUUUGGGCUGGUGACAGCGAUAUCAAAGGGGCUCUGGGCGUUCCGCCCUCUCUGCUGCGUGCCGAGCGUGUCCACGAGGUUGAAGAGGUGGACGAUGGAGUAACCGAGGUGCGCAAUUGGGAGGCACAGGUGGGUGUCUUAGCGUAUUUGGUGCGGUGGGUGUAUGGGAGGCGGUUGAGGAAGAGCUUUGACAUCUGGGUCCGGGAUCUGAAAGUUCAUAUCGAGAAUAGAGAGAUGGACGAUUGUUGA